AUGUCACGCUUGCAUCCCAGGUACCAAGUUUCUGACUCCCCAUUGUUCUUGGAGCCUCAGCUUCUUGGUGGAGAGGUGUAUCACUACCACAGCAAGCUUACGAUGAAGAACGCUAAGGGCGGAAGCAAGUUCAUCUGGCACCAGGACUAUGGCUACUGGUACCAAAAUGGCUGCCUAUUCCCAGACAUGCUCAGUGUCUUUAUUCCGGUCGAUCGCUGUGUGAAGGAAAAUGGCUGCCUCGAGAUUCUCGAUGGCUCCAUAUGCGGUCGAAUAGAACACCAAUUUCGUGAAGGGCAACAUGAGGCUGACACAGACAGGGUUAAUGAAAUAAGAAACCUUUGUCCUCAUAAAUAUGUGGAGCUUGAACCAGGUGAGCAUUUUAUGAAUCAAGUGUUUUAGAUCUCCUUUCUCUUAUAAAAAAUACACCGGC